GUUCUUCAAUGUUACGAAUUUUCACUAACCUUCAAAUACCUUGUUGCUGCUAUAAUCACACACUUACCCACUUACUAUCGAUUUUUAUCAAUUUUCGCCGUUUAAAAUUAGUAUCUAACUAUUUCUAUUCUUAGGAGUAUCCCUGAAUCCCAAGCCAAGCACCUUAUUACGCUAUACUUUAACCAGCUUAUCCAUGGUUGUCGUAAUGUAGAUUGUCAAAAUAGAAACUGUGCAUCUUCAGUCAAUUUUGCGCAUUCGGGUAUUACACCAAAUCAAGCGGCUGCUCUAGCAAUCGAAUUAACGGUCAAUCGUGCUGAUCUCUGUUUAUCUACUAAUGCAAUCUUAUCAUCUGGAAUGAGCAAUCCAUCAACCUCACGUUCUUUGGAACCUGAAAUUAAUAGUGAUGACAAAGGUGGUGAAACGUCGAACAGAAUCAACGAAGUGUCUAGUUACCAUCCUCAAGAGCCUUCAAGUCUUCAAACGACUACUAUUCCUUCAUCACAACAGCUUGUUGCUAAUUCGGAUACAAUAACAUCAGGUCCUGAUGAAGAUUCAUUUCAUUCUCUGAUGACACCCGCUGAAGUUACUCGGUUAAUCAUGUUUCUGUUUGAUGCUUCGGAAAAUGACGAAAUCAGUUCUUCUCAGCUAAGCGAGCCAACUUCUGGAAUUAUUGCAGAGGACUACUCGGCGGACCAUGAUAACUCUCUGACUUCCGCUUUCCGUAGUCGCAAUCCUCUGUUUGGAACAUCUAGGCCAUCUAGUUCGAGCUCUGAUACUUUGAAAACCCUCAAAGGACCAACAAGCCAAAAUAACCAUACAACACCAUCACUGAAUACAUCUGUCGAACGUGAAUCCCGUAAAACUGGUUUGUCGUUAACCGAAUUACAGAAAGCUAUUGAAAUGGGGAGGAAAAAUGGAGAGUGGUCCUGUCUUAUAAGUUUAUUAAAUUCAGUUUUCAGUUCGUAUGAUGCAUUAUCAAGUAGCUUCUUACAUGAAUUAUGUGGGGUUGGAUCAGGAAAGCAAUCCAAAAAGGAUAAAAAAACUACAGACGUCUCGGACUCAUCACUGUGUUGCACCAGUGCCAAAACACUAAAAGAUUACAAUGAAGUUAUUCCGCCAACUGUAAAUAAUUCUGAUGGCUCGGUUGACAACAUAAUAGAAUCUUCUUGGGUCGAAGGUAUGACUAGUAUCUCAACAGAUUUUCCUGUUUAUCAAAAUGAUGUAGAAAUGGAUGAUCAACAAGUGAACACUUUGAACUCCAUUGAAAUUAUUGAAAAAUCAGAAAACAAUGUAUAUUGGCCAUCUGUUAAUCUUAAUGAUUUACGUAAAGCUUGGUCUAUGAUUGUAUCUAUACCUGAACGUCAAAAUAUUGUAGAUACACUAAUGAGAGCUGUUCGUCGUUUGGUUGUGAUCAGUUUACAUCAACUUUUAGUUAUUCAACCACCUGAUGGAUUAGACGAUAAUCAACCAACUACUGAAAUAGCUAUUAUUCAACAACGUUUAGUGAAUCUUUUUAUUAUUCUUUAUGAAUGUCCAUUUGCAACAGAUCCUUUACAUUUUGAGCUUUUAUUGUUAAAUAUUAAUCGUGCUGUAACUUGGCUUCCAAACACAAUACAAGUUAUGUUAUGUCGAGCAUGGGCUAAUUCUGUACACACACCAUUAGCUAAUUGUACAGAACCACCAAAUCCAGAACAAACUAAUUUAUGGUGUCUACAAAAAAUUCUAUUACAUCAUAUUACUUUACGUUGUUUAACUACAGAUCAUGGUUUACCAAAUGAAGAUAAACAGAUUUGUGAAGCCGCACUUGUAUUACGUAUUGUUUACUAUGCUAGUCUAUUGGCUGGUCAAAUGGAUUCACCUGAAUUAUUAGAAAUGGAAGCUGAAGAGAAUAGAUUAUUUGAACAACAAAUGCGUGCUCAUAUUGGACCUACUUAUGAAAGACGUUCUCGUGUUAGUUUACCUGAAGAUCCAUUUGCUAAAGCGCUGAAUAUUUCUCCUAAUGAUUGUCGUACACCAUUUAUUCCAGUUAAAGAUUUUGUAAAUGAAACACUCAAUGAUGGCCUACAGCCAAAAAAAGAUUAUAUUUAUUAUCGUUCAAAAGGUAUAUCAAAUGAGUUAAGCUUUAUGAAAUUACCAUUUCUGUUACAAACUAGUUCGAAAUCUGUUCUAUUGUAUUAUGAUAAUCGUAUGCGUAUGCUAGAUGAACGUCGAGGUGUUCUGAUGCAUACUUUUCUCAUGGAUACACCUGAAAUGCCUUUCUUUAAACUGCGUGUUCAUCGGGAUAGAAUCGUUGAAGAUGCUUUGUUAAUUUUGGAAAUUGCUUGUAUGGAAAAUCCGGGUGAUUUUAAAAAACAACUUCUCAUCGAAUUUGAUGGUGAACAAGGAAUCGAUGAAGGUGGACUUAGUAAAGAAUUUUUUCAGCUGAUCAUUGAACGUAUUUUUAAUCCAGACUAUGGUAUGUUUGUUUUGGAUGAAGAAACUCAAAAUUAUUGGUUUAAUCCAGUUCCUCUGGACGAUAUGGAACGUGAAUAUUGUUUAAUUGGGACAUUAUUGGGUUUAGCAAUUUAUAAUGAUGUUAUAUUGGAUAUUAAUUUCCCGUCAGUGUUGUAUCGAAAAUUAGUUGGAAAAUUGGGUACAUUUGAAGAUCUAUUUGAUGCUCGACCUAGUUUAGCCCAAGGAUUAAAAAGUUUGUUGGAAUAUGAAUAUGAUGAUAUUGAAAGCGUAUUCGGUUGUUCAUUCGCUGUCAAUUACCUUGAUCCAUUCGGUAAUGUUAUUACACAUGAAUUAAAACCGGAUGGAGCUAAAAUUCCGGUUACAAAAGAAAAUCGUAAAGAAUAUGUAGAUUUGUAUUCAAGUUUCUUGUUGAAUGAUUCGGUUAAAAAACAAUUCAAUGCUUUUCGAAGAGGUUUUCAAAUGGUUGUUGAUGAAAGCCCAUUAACAUUUUUAUUUCGUCCAGAUGAAUUAGAGCUACUUGUUCGUGGAAGCCCAGUAUAUGAUUUUAAUGAAUUAGAAAGAGUCACUACAUAUGAAGAAUAUACAUCUGAUUCAACUGUAAUUAAAAAUUUCUGGUCUAUAGUACAUUCAAUGACUAAAGAACAAAAAAAACAAUUAUUACAAUUUUCUACUGGUUCUGAUCGUGUACCAGUUGGUGGUAUGUCAAAAAUGAAAUUUACUAUAGCACGUCAAGGUUCUGAUACUAAUAGAUUACCGUCUGCUCAUACUUGUUUCAACAUUCUUUUAUUACCGGAAUAUCAAAGUUUGGAAAAAUUACAACAAUCAUUAUUACUGGCGAUAACACAUUGUAAAGGAUUUGGAAUGUCAUAAAUCCAUCUUGUCUUCUCCUUCUUUCUUCUUAUCCUUUCCACAACUUUGUUUUAUCAUUGGUGGACUACUUUCUUCCUUCUUCUUUUUUCGAUUUCCUAUAGUUUAUCUUUUUUGGUUACUUACGGAAUUUCUCUUUCUCUCUUCCUCGAAAGGAUACGGGAAUUAUUAAUCAAUUACUUGUGUGUUUUUGUAGCAAAUUUUCUUGAAAAUUCAGUCACUAUUUUAUCAUAUUUUUUUGAUCAUAUGUGUACUGCCAACCUUGUUUGUUUAUCAUCAAUGUUUAAUAGUAGGUUCAACAUAUAUAAACACCUACUUACUUAUAAACAACAUGAUUUUUUUGCACAUACUUACAUAUAUAUUGGCAGCAGACACCAAUUAUAAUUUCAUAAAAUCUGCUCAAAUUAUUACAUAUACAGUGAAGUUUAUCAGUAUUUGUUAUACCAAAAAAUAAAUGAUAACUAUACAAAGAAACAGAAGAUCAACACAAUGUUUUCACGUUUACGUAAUGAUCUACAGUCAUAUUUGUAACAAUGUAAACGUACAUAUGAUUUACGUAUUCAGUUGAUCAAAUGAAUUAGUCAGCUGAUUAGACCAUAUGAUAAUAAUAAUAAUAAUAAAUAUGACACAUCUCUUCGAUGAAUUUAGUUUAGCUUUUUUCUGUCCAUUCAUCUGUCAAUGUAUGAACCUGUUUGUUUAUGUCAAUACGUCUUUCGUUCUGAAAUGUCCGGUAUACGGUGGGAACACUUGAGGAGACGACUGAAUAAUUGUGUAACGAUUCUCACUGUACAUCGUUUUUCCACGAAGAAAACACAACUGCAACAUUUAGCCAUAUGUUUCGAUUUCUUUUUUAAAAAACGACAAAAUUAAAACGUCAGUUUAUCAGAACAACAAAAUUUAGUUUCAUCUUCUCUAAAUUAUGAACUUUAGUUUUUUUCCCGUUUUUUAGUGAACCUUAUAUUUGACGCCUUUUUGAAAAAAUUUCUCAUCUUUCAAUGAACGACUUGGAAUGUCUUUAUAAUCAAUUUAUUGUGUGGAUUUUCGUCUUUUCCAUGUGUCCUUUUUUCCUUUUUCUCUCUAUUUCUCAUCUUAAAUGACUGAUGUAACUAUGAAUAUAUUAUUUAUCGUUAUGUGAAUACUACUGCUAUGAUGAUCGUUAUCAGCAGUAUAUAAUGAAGACACAAUUACAUAUAAUAAAAGUGAAUUAGAAUUGCAAAACAAAAUAAACGUUGUUUACUAUUUGUCCACGUUGUUUGUCUUUUUCAUUCAUUGAUUUGCCUUUCAAUCUCAACGAGUUUCUAGUUGUUUGAUUGUACGCUUGUAUUGUCCCUUUUUAGGUUCUAUUGAUAUUUCUACACAUAUAAAGUCUUCUCUUUAGUAUGUUUAGUCAUUAUAAACUGCAUUUACUGUGUACGUUGAAAUAGUUUAAUGUCUGUUGAAUGUAUGAUGUGUUAUACCAUCGUUAGGAUUAGGAUAAUAAUUCUUAAUUGUGAUGGCUUUUUAACAUUUUUAAGUUUGUCGCGUUUUCUAGAUCGAAGUGUCGUAAUGAAAUUAUUGCUAAAAAGGUUGUUAUUUAAGUUUGUUGAUGAUUUCUAUGUAGCCACUUCCAACUAACAUGAAACUCGACUAUCUUACAUGCUCACUGACGACUAGUUUACUACAGCAAACUUGUAAAUGUUUUCUUUUUUCCAAUUGUCAAUAUAUGACUGGUAAUAUGUUGUAUUUCUCAAUAAAUGACAUCAUUUGGUUUCAUAAAUUGUUGACAAUCGAAAAUCUAGAAAAUUGCUCUUAACUAUUCAACAUGAAGACAUAAUAUAUUCAUUAAUAUAGGUGAUUUUAUUGAUCAAAAUACACUAAGCUAAAUCUAUAAUAGCACCAAGAUAUUAUGGUUAAGUGAAGUGAUUAGUUUAAAAAUGGGUUCACAAAUCGGCUAUUGGUUAUAAACCUGUUCAAUCCUUAAUAUAUUUCUUUAACUUUGGCUAGAUUGAUUCUUAACCGAAUCAUAGUUUUUGUUCAAGUUCAAAUUUUACUUCUGCA